AUAAAGCAAACUGAUUUGCCACGUAGACGAAAACAUCCAUGGUAGCCAAUGAACGAAAAGGCUCUUCCAGCUCUGCCGGAGCCACGUUAGCAGAAAGGGUCAAUACUAUUUUUAGUCUAAAACUCCAGGCGGCUGUAGACACAAAAAUAAAAACGAUUUUCCAACGUUUUCAACGCAUGGCGACCACCGUUUCACCGUGCUUACAACUGUCUUGUUCCUCGUGGAAAUCCCCACUAAGCUAUGCUUCAAACGCCAUGGCCGCCGGUCCCAUGCUCGCUCGGAGGUUCAGCGGGCCAUUGCUGAGGAGAGCCUUCAACGGGAGAAUAAUUACCAGGCCGAGAUCUGUAGCCGUUGCAGCCUGGAAGCAGGAAGUCCUAUGGGCGGAAGCUCCUGUAGUAGAGGCCGACAUGACUGGCGAGUCCCUGUACCAUGUGGCGGUGGACAUAAGCGACAAUCCGGAGCUGAUGGCGGGGCAUACAAACCCUGGGCAGUUCGUGCAGGUGCGGGUGAGGGAUAGCAAACCCACUUUUCUCGCCAUUGCUUCACCUCCCGCCGUUUCUAGUGGAGGGCGCCUCGAAUUUUUGGUGAAGGAUGUUGAAGGAUCCACGGCGGCGCUUAUUUGCGAUCUCCGUAAGGGAGAUACGGUGGAGUUGAGUCAGGUGUUGGGGAACGGCUUUGAUAUCUCGCAGAUUUCGCCCUCGCAUCAGUAUUCUACGGUUUUUCUCUUUGCUACGGGCUCUGGCAUCAGUCCAAUUCGUUCACUUCUGGAAUCUGGAUUUGAUGCAAAAAAUAGAUCUGAUGUGAGGCUUUACUAUGGUGUUCGCAAUCUUCAAAGAAUGGCAUACAAGGAAAGGUUCAAGGAAUGGGAAUCUUCUGGAGUGAAAAUAGUUCCUGUAUUAUCUAGGUCUGAUGAUGACUGGUCUGGAGAGCGGGGCUAUGUACAGGACGCAUUUUCCAAGGCCAAACAAGUACAAAAUCCUUUGGCAACUGGUGCAGUCUUAUGUGGGCACAAGCAAAUGGCAGAGGAUGUUACAUCUCUUCUGACAGCUGAGGGUGUCCCAACGGAAAAGAUCCUCAAGAAUUUUUAGCAAUUCCCUUGACAUUGCCAUGUUGUUCGUGUGAAAGGAGGCACAAGUUGGAAUAUACACAUAUUAAGUUCUCUCUUUUUUUUCGUGUGCAAUCCAUUGCACUUUAUUGAGUGGAUGAAAAAAUAUGUGCUCCAAUUCAUUUCAGAUGCAGAUGAACUGGCAACCUGGCAACCUAUGAAGAUAAAUUAAAGAGAUAGAGUUACACAUUAUAAAAAUAUAUAUAUUUUUUAAAACUAUAAAUGAAAGUUGAAACUUUAAAGACUAAACAAUAAAAAAUUGGUUGUGAGAGAUUGUAGGUGUUGGAAUUGUUGGCCAUGGAAGUACCAUCAAUUGUGAGCAUCCUUCUUAAACGCAUCACAAAGAGCCUCAAUACCAUGACCAUUUGAGUGUACAACAUCAAUGAACUCAUUGUGACUCAUCUUGCAAAUCAGAACUGGGGAACAGUCUAUGAAAUGCUGCCUUGUACACCUAAGCAACUUUAAAAUCUCUACAUAGGGAACCCUUGUUGGCAUAGAAAGAAUCUCAAUACUAUUAUUUUGGACUCGCAAAGGUGAGAAUAUGUAGUGGGGUGGUCAUUGUGUUCCAUCUUUCUUCAAUAAUUGUGUGCACUUGUUUGAAAAAACUUUUUUCAAGGUUUUGCUCUUUUGCAUUUAUGUUGAGUCAAUGGCAUCAUAUCUCUCUCCCAAGCAAGGCUUCACCAUAUUAGUAUAACGAAUCAUGUUCAAUACGGACUCGAUGAAAAUAAGGAGGAAGUCCACACGAUCCCACUAGGAGUCAUCUAAGAUCAUCUGCUUAAUAUAUGUCGCCUUCUUAGUGUUGUUUUGUAAUGUCCCCAAUUUUUAAGUGACAAUUAAUU